UUUUCAUCGGUAUAUUUUAUCGACAACACGUGCUAGCCGGAAUAAGACAAAAACAUGGGACGCGGGAAGAAAAAAGUGCAUCCUAAGACGCGUACAGCUGCUUUUAAGGCCAGCGAACCGAACGAAGUCGUUGAGGCUCCCCACUCCUUUGUCAUACAUCGAGGACUAACAUGCCCGUAUAUCACAGACCUCACACUGGACUUUCGGCGCAUCAUGGAGCCUUUCACGGCGACCAACCUGCGGGAGUCUCGAAUGAAUCGCAUCAAAGACUUUGUCAGCCUGAGCAGCUUCUUUCAUGUCUCGCACAUGACCAUCUUCAAUAAGGCAUCCACACAGUUGUCCUUCAAAGUGGUGCGCCUGCCGCGAGGUCCUUCGCUGACGUUUAAGGUCCACCAAUUCACUCUGGCCCGAGAUGUCAUUUCUCUCGCCAAGAAGCAAAUGAUUGACAGUGAUCACUUCAAGCAAGCUCCGCUGGUCAUCAUGAACAACUUUAGUGGCGAUGGCAAUCAUCUGAAACUGAUGGCCAGCACAUUUCAAAAUAUGUUCCCGUCGAUUAACCUGAAUACGGUCAACAUUGGCACUAUACGUCGUUGUGUUCUGUUCUCGUAUAAUCCUGACACGAAGCUGGUGGAAAUGCGUCACUAUUCGGUGGAAGUUGUGCCCGUGGGUCUGAAUCGGGCGGUUAAGAAAAUUGUCACAGGCGUCGUUCCGAACCUGAACAAGUACAACGAUAUCGCGGACUUUGUUGCGAGAGAUGGAAACGCAUCUGAAUCGGAGGCGGAAGAUGACGAACAGACGCAUGUGGUGCUAGCGCAGACACUCAAGAGCGGUGGAAACUUGGAAGGAAAUAAGAGUACCAUAAAGCUGCACGAGAUCGGACCACGUCUGACCAUGCAACUGAUUAAAAUCGAAGAAGGACUCUUUACCGGCGAAGUGCUGUAUCACGACCAUGUCGUGAAGACGGAGGAUGAAAAGGAAACGCUGCGCAAGGUGAUUGAAAAGAAAAAGAAACUUAAGGAGCAACGCAAGAAGGAGCAGGCUGAGAACCGGGCACGCAAUUUGAAGAUAAAGAAAGACCAGAAGUGGGCCGCCAAAAAGGAAGCAGAUGGAGUUGAAAUCGAUUCUGAUGAUGAUGCCGAAUACUACAAACAGGAAGUGGGAGAGGAGCCAGAUGAAGAGCUCUUCAAACAUGAGGAUAGAUCCUCUCGUAAGCGACACAGUCUGCCCGGCGGCAUGAAGUUCAAGAAUAAGAAGGCAAAAUUGGACACCAAAAACGAUAAGAAAGAAAAGUUCGACCCCAAAAAUAGGGGGAGAGCAAAGUUUGACCCCAAAAACAAUAGGAAAACCAAGUUUGACCCCAAAAAGAAUAGGAAAUCAAAGUAGUAUUUUAAAUAAAAACUAUUUUCUACA